GUUUAGUUACUCACACAGAAUCCAAAUGCAUAAAAAUGUAUGCACUCGGCAAUUUGGCCUUUCUAUACUUUUGGCCUUUUGUGUUUUUUGUCCAAACUCAUGUCCUUUGAAAGAAAAGAAUUAAAGUGAGAAUAAAAAGAAAUUAAACAGCAACAAAGUGCUCCAAUUCUAUAAAAGUUGAAGAAACCGCACAUAAAGCACCCACCCCUUCUACUUCGGCUCUGACUACUGCCAGAUAUGGAGGUUCAAUGUAGUCCUCUUGGAUGGGAAUUCUGCUACCAAGAUGAUCGGGGAGUUGAAGAGUUAAGACAUUCUCUCUUGUACACAACCUUGGAGUUAGAGACAACACUUGUAGCAGCUAAGGAGGAGAUCACAAGAAGAGAAUAUGAGCUGAUCCAUCUCAAAGAUCUUUUGAGCAGGACCAUCAAAGAGAGAGAUGAAGCGCGCGCAAGAUGCCAUAAGCUAAUGUUGGAGAAACUCGUGCUUCAACAGCAGCAGCAACAACUAGAAGAGCAGCAACUAGCUGCUUCAAACAUUGAAGAUGAAUCAAAAGGCACCGACUCUAGCAAGCAUUCUAUCUCUUCUGACUGCCAUGGAAACAUCAUGUCCUCUCCAGAAACUGACCCAAUUUCACAACCGCUGCCACAAGCCGCCUUGCAAUUAGUAUCUGAGAAGCCAUUGCCAGAAAAAGGGAAGCUCCUGCAGGCAGUGAUAGAAGCUGGACCACUCCUGCAAAACCUCCUUCUGGCUGGACCACUCCCUCGGUGGCAGCACCCACCUCCCCAACUUAACUCCAUUGAGAUUCCACCAGUGUCUAUUUCUUCCCCAUCACCACGUCCUGCACGCCAAGAUUCUUGCAUUAGUUUCAAUAGUUGUUUUAUUAACAUAUCUAAUGCUCUGUGAUGACUCUGAUUCUUCCCCCAGGGCCAAGCAUUGAGAGGUUGCUCUCCGUUGACCAACACCUAGCUAGCACUUUCAUCUAAUUUCUUACUACUCUCAUCCUUUUCAUACUAUCAAAACAUGAAAUGGUCAUUAGAAUGAAAUGGAUGGUUAGCUGUUAUGCAUCAUUUUCAAAAUUUGUACACAGCUUAAUUUAUCUUAGAAAUGAAAAUCCUAACUUUCCUAGCA